ACGGCCAGUGAGCAGGCAGGGAAGACGUCAGCAUGUCAGGGUUGUCCCAACCAGAACCUCUGUUCCUCUGGAGCCACUAAAGCACCAGACCCAGCUAUAGAGGAGAUAGCAGAGAAGAUGUUAACAGUGAAACAUAAGAUCUUGGUCCUGUCAGGGAAAGGAGGAGUAGGGAAGAGCACCUUCAGCGCACAUCUGGCCCACGCACUGGCUAGUGACCCCACUAAAGAGGUUGCUCUCCUAGAUGUGGACAUCUGUGGUCCGUCUAUCCCCAGGAUCAUGGGUCUGGAGGGAGAGCAGGUCCAUCAGAGUGGUUCUGGCUGGUCUCCUGUGUAUGUAGAGGAUAACCUUGCGGUCAUGUCUAUUGGCUUCCUACUCAGCAGUCCUGAUGAUGCUGUUAUCUGGAGAGGACCCAAGAAGAAUGGGAUGAUCAAACAGUUCCUGCGAGAUGUCGAUUGGGGGGAACUGGAUUACCUCAUCGUGGACACGCCCCCCGGCACCUCCGACGAACACCUGUCUAUCGUCCAGUACCUUAGCUCCGCCCACAUCGACGGAGCCGUCAUCAUCACCACCCCGCAGGAGGUAUCUCUUCAGGACGUCAGGAAGGAGAUCAGGUUCUGUCAGAAGGUCCAGCUACCCAUCAUAGGAGUGGUGGAGAACAUGAGUGGGUUUGUCUGUCCCAAAUGCAAGAACACGUCUCAGAUCUUCCCUCCCACCACGGGAGGAGCAGAGAGGAUGUGUGAAGAGAUGAACCUUACUCUGCUAGGACGAGUCCCACUGGACCCCAGGAUAGGUAAAGAGUUGUCUGAAGGGAAGUCAUUCCUGACUGAAGUCCCAGACUCCCCUGCUGCUGCUGCUUACCACUCGAUAGUACAGAGUAUCCAGGCCUACUGCUCGUCCCAUGUGACACGGGAGGAGAGUGCUGGCUAGAAGCCAGUCUGGAGGCCGCCAUGUUGCUCUGGAUGCCAGGGACGGAUCACAUGUCGAGGGUCCCUGCUGUCUAAUGAAUGAAUCACAUGCUCUGGUUUAGAAACUGAUUGAGGAUCAGGACCCCCCCCCCCCCAUUCACAUUCACAAUAUGUCUU